CAAUCAAAGCACUUCGUCGCGUGUUCUUCAAUGGACCCACAAUUUUACAAAUGAGCUUCCUCCGAGGGUUCAUCGACUCGCUGGGCUCGAUCUUCACCGACGGCGACCCCGCGUACGGGUCGCACCCGCGGCCGCAACAGCAUCAUGCGGACUCUCCCUUCCCCGAUCCUCCGUCCAUGGACGCCGGCGGCGCUGCGGCCGCGACCUCGGUUGCGAACGAGCGGACGGCCUACAAGCUCAAGGGGUACUUCGAUUUGGCCAAGGAAGCGAUCGCCAGAGCGGUUCGAGCCGAAGAGUGGGGGCUGGUCGACGACGCGAUCGUUCAUUACCGGAACGCCCAGCGCAUACUGCUCGAAGGCAGCUCGACCCCGAUGCCUUCGUAUAUCAGCUCGCGGGAGCAAGAGAAGGUAAAAUCCUACCGACAGAAGAUAUCAAAAUGGCAGGAUCAAGUCUCAGAUAGAUUGCAAGUUUUAAGCCGGAGAGCUGGUGUUGCAUCGACAAGUAAGAGCACCUUAACUAAUGUGCAUGCUGCUCCAGUGUCGUCAAUGGCAUCGAAUGGUCUUAGGUAUGCAAUUCAAAAUUCUCCUCCUCCUGGUAGAAACAAUAGACUAUUGAGGAGUCAGACAGAGAAAGUUGCUAGUGCAAAACCGGCGCAGGAAUCUGGUAAUGGUUAUGAAGCAAAACUGGUUGAAAUGAUAAAUACUGCGAUAGUGGAUAGAAGUCCAUCAGUCAAAUGGGAAGAUGUUGCUGGUCUGGACAAGGCAAAGCAGGCUUUGAUGGAAAUGGUUAUUUUACCGACAAAGAGAAGAGAUCUAUUCACGGGUCUGAGAAGGCCAGCCAGAGGUCUGCUCUUAUUUGGUCCACCUGGUAAUGGAAAGACCAUGCUUGCCAAAGCAGUCGCUUCAGAGUCAGAGGCAACAUUUUUUAAUGUUUCUGCUUCUUCCUUAACAUCAAAAUGGGUGGGCGAGGGUGAAAAGCUUGUGCGGACUCUUUUUAUGGUUGCUAUCUCCAGACAGCCAUCAGUUAUAUUUAUUGACGAAAUUGACAGCAUAAUGUCUACAAGAUUGGCAAAUGAAAAUGAUGCUAGUCGGCGAUUGAAAUCAGAGUUCUUAAUACAGUUUGAUGGGGUUACCUCUAAUCCUAACGACUUGGUGAUUGUCGUUGGUGCUACGAAUAAGCCACAAGAAUUGGAUGAUGCUGUUCUGAGGAGACUGGUGAAGAGAAUCUACAUACCGCUACCAGAUGAAAAUGGCAGGAGACUUCUUUUGAGAAACAAACUCAAGGGCCAAUCAUUCUCAUUGCCUAGUGGAGAUUUAGAAAGACUUGCAAGAGAUACAGAAGGGUAUUCUGGAAGUGAUCUGCAAGCCCUAUGUGAAGAAGCUGCUAUGAUGCCAAUAAGGGAGCUUGGAACAAAUAUUCUCAAAGUCAAGGCAAAUCAGGUGAGGCCUCUUAGAUACGAAGAUUUUCAAAAGGCGAUGACUGUGAUUAGACCAAGCUUACAAAGAAGCAAGUGGGAGGAACUUGAGCAGUGGAACAAAGAGUUCGGCUCUAGUUAGAAGGUUUGUCUCGGUUCUUCGACGAACGCCUUGAGAAGCCAAUGCAGAUGCAGAGCUCAACUGGAUUGUUCGCAAAGACGAGUGAUAUCAAUAGAUCAAUGAACUUGUAUAUAAAUCACAAUUCACAUCGUGUACUCCUUAUCGUAUCGUGUAUAAAUCACAAUUCACAUUGUGAACUAAUUAUUGCAUCGUGCUCUGUGGUUGAGCCAUGUCGCAUUGUGUACGAUAUUCGGAUUCUUUCGUAUCGAAACAUGGAUGUGAUGCUCACGCGAUUAAUCAAAUCAUUUGAUUGAUCUGGUUUUUCCUUC